CGCCUCGUCUUUUUGCCCUAGAAAACGGGCUAAUCUAGGCUUUUUUUUUUAAUUCUCUCCUGGUUGGCUAUUACCUUCGCUCAUGUCCCUGCCCUCAUCCCCCCAAGGCCAAGAGAAUAUAAGGUCUCUUCAACCUCGUACCAGAAUUCUUCUCUUCUGCGCAGUGACGUCACUGGAAGUUACUCAGUCCCACCCAGUGCCACGGUCCCACCCAAGGAGACUAUAGAACAUAUAGUCUCUUUGGUUGUGGGAGCGAGCUCAUUCUCACGAGCGACAUCGCCCCUUUCAGGUGAGGAAAGAACUGUUCACGGUGUUCAACUCACUUUGGCUAUAAUACUAUAACUGAAACUGGAUUCUCACGAGCGACAUCGCCCCUUUCAGGUGCGCCAAAGGCAAGCCUGACAGAUGGGAAGCUGGGCGUCGCCCAGACCAAGGCCAACAUGCAGCAGUAAACACUUUUUGAAGCUGCGUUGUGGGGGGUUGCCUGUGGCAGGGUGUGUGAAGAGAGGAAGGAAGGAGAAGGCCAAAAGGGUGGGUGACAACCCCGAGGAGUGUCCAGUGUGCCUGACAGGCUUUGAUGACUUAAUACAGCGGCCACGCACUCUACCCUGUGGCCACACGGUCUGUACACUGUGCAUAGAUAAGCUGAAGGAGCAGGGCCGUGCUACCUGUCCGGAGUGCCGUGUCAACCAUGCCGUGCCCGAGGGCGGGCAGUUCCCUGUCUGCUAUAUAGUUGAGGCCUUCAUAAGAAAGAUGAGAGAUGGCAAAGCAGCAGCGGCCUCGCCGCCACCUAGUGCCAGGAAGGGGAAAGGGUCAGCAGGAGCAGCUGGCAAGAAGGAAGCGACGGGUCUCUCCAAGAAAAUGCGUUCCUUUCUGCAGGAACAGGAGGCCACAGUUGUGGCCGCCAUCACCGCCUGCCAGGAGGCUCAGUCCCAGCUGGAUCAGUAUGAGGCUACCCUGACAGGCUGGGUUGAGCGGCAGCAGCAGCUGGAGAACAGCCUCCAGGGACUGGUGGACCAGAGCAGGAGUACCAGGGAGCUUGUGCAGCAGGAAACGUUCUGUGUGGCGGCCAAAAAGGAGGAGACAAAGAAGAGUGAGCAGGAGCUGCAGGCUCUGCGGAAGACGUUGCGCACUCCUGCAACAGAGCAAGAGGCAUUCAAGGUGGUGAGUGCAGUGUUUCGUUGCACCAGUGAGGCGGAGCAGGUGUUGGAGGAGUGCCGACAGUGUUUCCCUGAUUCUGGCAUCCUCACCACCGCCAUGAAGGUGAGAGAGGCAUCUAGUGCAGCCCUGAAAGCUGCCCAGGCUGUCCAGGAGGAUCCGGAAACUGUUUCUACAGAAGAGACCAGGCCACAGUCAGACCCAGAAGAGCCCAGUUCCCAGUCAGACCCAGAAGAGCUCAGUUCCCAGUCAGACCCAGACCUCACCAUCAUGGAAAAAGUGAAAUUCAUCUUAGAGCCAACCUUGAAGGUCAGCCAGGUCGUGCCGCCCUCCCUCCCAUGCACGGUGUUCCUGGACCUGUCCUGGCUGGGCUGUGCGCCGCGCCGGGUCCACAUCCAUCUGAGCCCCGACACCCCGCGGGGCCAGCAGUUCAUCCUGCUGUGCACGGGGCAGCGCGGCCCCUCCUACUGCGGCUCCAGGUUGUUCAGUGUGCGGAACAAGGGGAGGCCGGGAGAGGGUGUGGAGGGCGGGGACUACAAAAGUAAUGAUGGUAAGGGGGAUUGUGUGCUGCUGCCUGGCCUUGAUAAGAGUGAGUACCGGAGUUCAGGCCGGGCAGGGGUUGUGUGGGGGUAUAGGGGGGGUCUGUUUGGUAUCACCACCCGGGACUGUCAGGAUGGUGGUGUGAGGUCUCAUGUCUUCGGUGAGGUAGUGGAGGGACUGCACGUGGUGGCCGAGGCAGCCCAGCACAGCGACAUUAAAGAGGUGACUGUGAUGGACUGUGGCGUGGUGUUGUGAGGGUACUGGCCUGCACCACCACCAUCACCACCAUUAUGAAGGUGACUGUGGUGGAAUGUGGUGUGGUGUUGUGAGGGUACUGGCCUGCACCACCACCACCACAACAACAACAUUAUGGAGGAGAUUGUGGUUGUUUUCAUAAUGUAUUUUUUUUUAUUUCCUGUAACAUCAAGUUUAGUAUAAUGUGUUGCUCAAUUCUUGUAACACUGAGCAUGAUGUUUUGUGCACUACAGUAAUCCCUCCUUAUACACGGAUUUCAGGUUUCAAAUUAGACCGUGCAUUAAGAAAAAUUAUGUAUAACUACAUUAUUCACUGGGAAAGGACAGAAAAUUAAAGUUUACCCACUUUUACUCAAACUAGCUACUUAGUGUUCUUUUGCUGUGAAUUUCCCUUUUCUUCUGACACUUAAUUUUGAAGGAAAACAUUGUCAGUUAUCAAAGCGUUCAUUAAACCAGUGUUUGGUGAAUUCUCUUCACACCUUACUUAGAAUAAAGGAAACAAUGUCCGCGCUGGACCUAUUUGUGUACUGUUGUUUCAUUCUGUUAAAUGGCCGUGCUGUGACCUCCAGGGGUGGGAAAAAAUCUGAUUUCUACAAUAAAAAUAAAAACAAUUUGA